AUGUACGGCGCUCCGGUGUGGGGGGAUGUGGCGAGGUCCUCAAAGUACAUCCAGCGAGUAAUUACGAGGUGCCAGAGAAGGAUAUGCGCAAGAGUAGUUGCGGCAUAUCGCACGGCCUCCUUCGUGGCCGUUUCGAUGCUGGCCAGGACCCCGCCACUAUAUCUAGUGGCUGAUGCGUACAAGCGCACAUUCGAUAGAGUGCGUGAACUGCGGUCGACCAGGACGUGGUCCCAGAGCAUGGUCAGAGUGAUUAGGGAGGAGGAACUGCGCGUAGCCCGCGAGCAAUGGAGGGUGGACCUCGGAAGUGCGGGGCUCCCCAGCGAGAGGUUGAGGUUAGCUAUCCUAGCGAACUGGACGGGAUGGUUCGACAGGGCACACGGGAGCAUGACUUUCCGUGUGACCCAAGUCUUGACAGGCCACGGGUACUUCGCGGAUUUCUUAUGUAGAAUAGGGAAGACGGAGAGGCCGACCUGCUGGUACUGCCGGCUGGAGGAAGACACGGUGAGCCACACGGUGGAGGCGUGCCCCGCGUGGAGAGACGAGAGGAAUGCCCUAAAGCGCGCCGUAGGGGAGGAUCUGACACCGCCUGGCCUGAUCAGGGCUAUGGUAGGGUCGAAAGAGGGAUGGGUGGCGGUGGCUAGCUUCGCGGAGCGGGUCAUGACGGCCAAGGAACAGCGGGAGCGGUUACGACAGCGAACGCGGCGCAGCGUGCACCGCGCGACCCGCUUGAGCGGGAGAAAUGGGGGUGGUUCGCGUGUAAGCGUGGGCAUGACGUAG